UCGAGUCCCGUGCCGCCUCAGAUCCUCGGACGACGCCCACGAUCGCCGUCUUUCGACCCUCUUCUGGACCUCCAGACUGACUCCUGUCUCGAGUCUGAGGGCGUUUACGACGCUAUUGCCGAGCCCCCUUCUAAACGAAGACGAGGCAACGACAGGAUGGGCGCGAGUGAUACACUCGAUCCGCACAAUGGCGCUUCCCUAGGAUUCUCCAACGGCUCGACCGCUUCGCAGUCCCAGCAGUCGGCCUCUACAGGAGUGACUAAUGGCCACAAGACCGCGCUGAACGGUUCAGCCAGGGACAAGAACAAUGCUGCUGGCAGAUCGAGCCAACGACCCCAAACAUACUUUGGUCAUGACCGUCAAGAGGUGACCCGACUGUUGAUACAGGCAUUAUCUGAUAUGGGAUACCAAGCUGCCGCCGACAAUGUAAGCCAGGAGAGUGGCUAUGAGCUUGAGAGUCCCACUGUGGCCGGCUUUAGAUCUGCCGUGCUCAGUGGCUCAUGGCCCGUGGCAGAGGAGCUGCUUGCCGGCGCUUCAUACGAGGCAGAUGGCCAAGGGAAUGGGCUCGUUCUGGCAGCCGGUGCUGACCGAAACGCCAUGAGGUUCUGGCUAAGGCAGCAGAAGUUUCUGGAGCUGUUGGAGCAGAAGGACACCAGCCGGGCCCUCACAGUUCUUCGAGGAGAGCUGACCCCGCUAUCGCACGACACCGCAAAGCUUCAUUUCCUGUCAAGCUUGCUCAUGUGCCGUUCUGUUGAGGACCUCAUGGUAAGAGCAGAGUGGGAUGGGGCUGGCGGCGAGUCUCGAAAGCGAUUAUUAUCGCAGCUUUCCAAAUGUAUAUCUCCUUCGGUCAUGUUACCUGAGAAUCGUCUUGCGGUCCUCCUUGAACAAGUCAAGCAGAGUCAAAUCGAUACCUGUUUGUAUCAUACCGAGGCGUUGUCACCAUCGCUAUACUCGGAUCAUCUUUGCGAUAAACGAAACUUCCCCACAGAGGUGGCAGUGGAGGUGUCUGAUCUCGAUGGAGAGAUCUGGCAGGUCCAGUUCUCACAUGAUGGAACCAGGCUCGCUGCCUGUGGUAGCAGUGACUACGUUAUGAUUUGGAGUGCCAAGACAUUCGACGUGCUCAACGUUCUUCGUGGCCACGAGGGUGGUGUUGGAAACAUCUCAUUCAGCCCAGAUGACUCCAUGAUUGUGUGUUGCUGCAGGGAUGGAUUUGCUCGGUUAUGGAACACCCAUACCGGCACACUCAUCAAGAAGUUUAGUCGAUUUGAUGAGCCCGUAAGUGGAUGUGUCUGGGACCGGAAUAACCGGUCAUUCGUUCUCGGAACACUUGAUCCCAACUACAGCCUGCGGACUGUGAAUGUGCAUGAUGAUGAAGUGUACGAGUGGGGGAAGAAGCAUCGUGUUCAGGACAUAUGCGGAUCUCCCGAUGGCCGCUGGCUUGUCGCCGUGGAUCAUCUGCAGACAAUUCACGUCUACAACGCCCUGACGCGAGAGCUCGAGUUUGAUAUGGAGCUCAAGGCCCUUCUUACCUCGGUUAGCAUCAGCGAGGACUCACGGCACCUGCUUGUCAACAAGAGCGAUGGAGAGGCGCAGCUCAUCGACCUCUUCACGCGGAACUCUGUGCAAAAGUUCUUUGGCCACACCGGUGGCCAAUUCCUGAUCCGGAGUUCCUUCGGUGGACCGAAUGAGAGUUUCGUCCUGAGUGGAAGCGAGGACGGCAACAUCUUGAUCUGGCACAAGAACACGGGCGCUCCGGUUGAGCGGCUACCCGGCCAUCAUCCUCGAUGUAACGCUGUGACUUGGAAUCCGACGGAUCCGUUUGUGCUGGCGUCUUGCGGAGACGACGGCCGACUCAAGAUGUGA